UUCNUAUGGUUGGCUAUCGGCUGCUUUACUAUAUAUUUCUUCCUAUUCUUCAGAAAGAAGAACAAAAAAGCGAUGGAAAUACGUAAGCAUGGCUGGGAACCCGACACGGUCUACCUGUAUCAAUUUCCUCGAGCCCGAACUACGCCACAAGCAUCACCACAAUGUCUAAAAGUGGAGACUUUCCUGAAAGUCAACAAUAUUCCGUAUGAGGUCUGUCCCAUUCCGCCGGCACGGUCCCAGUACGGCUUGCUACCGUUCAUCGGGCUCAACGGCGAACAUAUUGCAGACUCACAAAUCAUCAUCAACCGCCUCAAGAACCAUUUCAACGUGAAGCCACUUUCGUCACCAAGGGAUGAAGCCAUUGCCAGGACAAUCGAAAGAACUGCUGAGAACCAUACUCUUUCGUGA